GUCGCCUAGCUGAAGGAAGGUUCGUAGAAUAUCAUUUAGCGAUGAUGAAGAAGUAAAGCAUAGGAAUCUGUGUUUACUUUGAAGUUUCUUCUAUUCCCACGCGUGCUGCUAUGAUGAAAGAUGUCACUGAAGCCUCGAGUGGUGGAUUUCAACUCGACUUGGAACAAGAUAUUGGAGACGCUUAAGGCUGUUCUGACGUUGGACAAGAUACCUCGGCCUGUUUGGAAUGACAGAUUUUCUGAUGUGUAUGCAUUAUGUGUAGCAUUUCCAGAACCUCUAGGUGAAAGACUAUAUGGUGAAGUAAAAACAUUCUUAGAAGAACAUGUUAAAAAUCUUUAUGAGGAAGUCAGCAGCCCUAAUGUGGACCUAUUGCGAGAAUAUCACCAUCACUGGAUGCAGUAUAGUCAAGGGUCAGCCUACAUGAAUCUUUUGUUUGGGUAUUUGAACCAGCAUCUGAAGAAGCAAAAACAGGACUAUGUGGAGAUUUCUCCCUACACUGUCCCACCUUAUAAUCAUGAAGCUAUCAAUAUUGGGCCUCUUGCUCUGAACAUAUGGAAAUCAACUAUGAUUGAACCACUAAAAGUUACUAUUGUACACCAUUUACUGAUUGAGAUGAAGAAAGACAGAGAUGGGGAAGGGACAAACCAGAACAUUGUCCAUGACACUAUCAAGUCAUUCGUUGGGGUGCAAGAGUAUCAAACAAAAGGAGCACUUGGUCUUUAUGAAAAGGUGUUUGAAAGAGAGAUGCUCAAAGAGACCGGAGAAUACUACAGAAGAGAAGCAGCUGAACUCAUGGCUGAGAAUGUUUGCUCUGUAUAUAUUCAAAAGGUUGAUCUAAGAAUACAGGAAGAAGACUUGCGAGCUAGAAAAUUCCUUCAUCCUGUGUCCUACAGUAGGGUAAUCAGAGAGUGUGAAGCUAAAAUGGUGGAAGAUUACAUACCUUAUUUACAAGCUGAGUGCCGGCAAAUGGUCAGAGAAGAGAAAACCACAGAUUUGUCUAGGAUGUACAAACUAUUAAAACAUAUCCCAAGAGGUCUCAUGGUCAUGGUAACAGAACUAGAACAGCAUGUUACAGAGACAGGUCUUGGGAAAAUCAAAUCUGUCAACUUUGAAAGUGGGCCUUUUCAGUAUGUUGACAUAAUGCUCGAUGUUCAUAAUAAAUUUACAAAAUUGAUAAAUACAACUUUCCAAGGGGAUUCAGCUUUCCAUGCAGCCCUGGAUAAGGCUUGCACUACAGUAGUUAACUACAGACAUGACCCUAGAAGGUCAUCAAAGUCUCCAGAGCUUUUGGCAAAAUACUGUGACAUAGUUCUCAAGAAAAGCACCAAGAACUUAACAGAUGUUGARUUAGAUGAGAAACUAAGUGAAGUAAUAAUUAUAUUCAAGUACAUUGAUGAUAAAGAUAUUUUUCAGAAGUUUUAUUCUAAAAUGUUGGCCAAGAGACUUAUUCAUAACUUAUCUGUGUCUAUGGAUGCUGAAGAGGCCAUGAUAAGUAGAUUGAAGCAUGCAUGUGGGUAUGAGUACACCAACAAACUGCACAGAAUGUUUACUGAUAUGAGCAUCAGUUUAGACUUGAACUCAAGUUUUAGUGAUUUUUUAUCUAAUUCCUCGGUAGAUCUUGGAAUAAGCUUCUCUUUACUUGUAUUACAGUCAGGUGCAUGGCCACUUGGACAAACCUCUAUCUCUCCCAUCAACAUACCACAAGAAUUAAUAAAGCCUGUUCAGAUGUUUGAACAGUUCUACAAUGGGAAGUUCAAUGGCCGUAAGCUCAAUUGGCUACAACACUUGUCGAAUGGUGAAGUCAAAGUGAACUACUUCAAACGUCCUUUGAUACUGACUGUAUCAACAUAUCAAAUGGUAGUACUGUUAUUGUUCAAUGAAAGAACUCGACUUACAUAUAGUGAGAUCGAAGUCCAAACACAGCUGAUUGAUAAAGAGCUUGUCAGAAUAAUACAAUCACUUAUUGAUGUCAAGCUUCUAGAAAAGUCUGAAGACGAAGAGAUGGCCAAUUCUACAUUCUGGAUUAAUUCGAAUUUUACGAGUAAAAGAACUAAACUGAAGAUCACUUCUGCUGUGCAGAGGGAAGCACCACAGGAAUCUGAACAAACUCUUGUGUCAGUUGAUGAAGACAGAAAAAUGUAUCUUCAGGCUGCAAUUGUUAGGAUAAUGAAAUCAAGAAAAGUUUUAAAACACAAUUCUUUAAUACAAGAGGUUAUCAGCCAGUCUCGUGCUCGAUUUACACCCAAUAUACCAAUGAUUAAGAAAUGUAUAGAAGCACUGAUCGAGAAGCAGUACCUUGAGAGAAAAGAAGGAACAAAGGAAGAAUACACAUACGUUGCUUGACCUGUCCAACACAUCGAGUAACAACUAACUAAAACGACUCUAAAAGCCACAGCAGACAGCACUCACAGUUAACUUUUGAAGAGUCUCUUAACCACUCUUCAUAAAAAAUUCCCGGAAAAACCGAAACACCAUGGACAGCUAUAGUAUGUUGGCAUAUCAAGUGAACUGGACCGCAAGAAGAACGUUUGCAUCGCUUGAUGCCAAAGUAGGAAAAGCCACAGCAUUAUUUGAUGACUACGCCAAGUAUUGAAUUACUGACACCAUUUUCAUAAUAGCACGACAAAGUAGUUUUGAAACGAAAAACAGCGCAGUUUAACCCAUCACCUCCCUCCCUGCUACGCAGCUUAAAAUUGAGACUUUCAAUGCGUGACUUGAAAAAGGGUACAAAAUUGCACCAUUGUAGGCUAGCCUCCGUACCCUCAAAUCUYCCCCUCCUUUUUCCCUUUUUCCCAUUCUACCUCAUCCAGAAUGCCCCUAUGCAGGCUAAACUCUAGCCACARCUUCCUGCGGUUUUUGUUUCCAUUGAUCAAAAUGUCAAAGAUAUAAGUGAUUCGAAUUUUUGAGUCGCGCAAUUUUACACCUCAACUCGUCUGGGUCAGAUGAUUAUGGCAAUGGAUAUAACUUGAAAGGGUUGUAUCGUAAGGACAAAAGAAUUUUUAAACGACUGAACUUGUAAACUUAGGCUUAUUUACUAUCAUGUAUAUUAAAUACCUUGCAUUUUGCGUGUA